GCGGCGGGCGGCGCGGCCGAGCUGCAGCCCGAGCUGGCGGUGGCCGAGCACGUGCGCUACGAGAGCACGGGGCCGGCGCUGUGCACCGUGGUCUUCCUACUCGUCUACUUCUUCGGCAUGGCCAGCUCCAUCUGGUGGGUCAUCCUCUCCCUCACCUGGUUCCUGGCCGCCGGCAUGAAGUGGGGUAACGAGGCCAUCGCCGGCUACGCGCAGUACUUCCACCUGGCCGCCUGGCUGCUCCCCAGCGUCAAGUCCAUCGCCGUACUGGCGCUCAGCUCCGUGGACGGCGACCCGGUGGCCGGCAUCUGCUACGUGGGCAACCAGAGCCUGGAGAACCUGCGGGGCUUCGUGCUGGCGCCGCUGCUCAUCUACCUGGCCAUCGGCUCCAUGUUUCUGCUCGCCGGCUUCGUCUCACUCUUUCGCAUCCGCAGCGUCAUCAAGCAGCAGGGCGGCCCCACCAAGACUCACAAGCUGGAGAAGCUGAUGAUACGCCUGGGCCUCUUCACUGUGCUUUACACUGUGCCGGCCGCCAGCGUGGUCGCCUGCCUCUUUUACGAGCAGCACAACCGACCCCGCUGGGAGGCCACGCACAACUGCCCCUGCCUGCGCGACCAGCAGCCCGACCAGGCCCGCCGACCCGACUACGCCGUCUUCAUGCUCAAGUACUUCAUGUGCCUGGUGGUGGGCAUCACCUCCGGCGUCUGGGUCUGGUCCGGCAAGACCCUCGAAUCCUGGAGGGCCCUGUGCACCCGCUGCUGCUGGGCCAGCAAAGGUGCUGCCGUGGCUGGGGUUGCUGGAGCUGGAGCAGGCGGGCAGGCUGCCAUCGCUGCUGCUGGAGGACUUGGGGCCGGUGGAGGUGGCUCCCUGUACAGCGAUGUCAGCACCGGCCUGACGUGGAGGUCUGGCACUGCCAGCUCUGUCUCCUACCCCAAGCAGAUGCCUCUGUCUCAAGUGUGAGGAGCGGGAAAAGAGGCCAUAGGUUAGGGAGUGAGGGACACUGGCCUGCCUGAAAUGCCCCCUCACUGUUUGGUGCCAUUAAUGAACCACUAAUGGUCCUUAUUAGCCACAGCUUGUAUAGAACAAUGCAGCUGGCAGAGGCCCCAGGCUCCAGCCCCCUCCUCCUUCCCUUCCAUUCAUAUGCAGGGAGCAUGUACUUCAAGGAGCCAGCAUAUUAUUUUGCUGGCAGAGGAGGGCAGGGACUCACCCGUGUCUUGCAGAGGGCAAGGCAGAGCGGCUCCUGAUUUACUCUGGACUAUCAGCAGCUCGUGGGAGGGAGAGAAUUCCUCCCCCAUCCCAAAGAGGGAGUCUGUUGGAACUACAGGUUUUUGGGAUAUCGAUGACCAGGCAAAUGCCUUAUAACACAGACUGAAUCAAAACAUGUCUUAAUUAUACACCCCAGCUAAAUACGGGUUUCCUACACUAAAGGAUGUAUUUAUAUAAUUAUUUGUUACCUUGUACAGAUGUGUAAAAUAUGUAUAUAUCCAAAGCUAUACAGUCUGUAAAUUUUUUGUAAAAAAGUUUAGAGGCUACCCCUGUAAGAGCAAAUAUGAGUAUUCUAUUUUGUCAAUAAAAUGACUUUUGAUAAAUGA